AUGGCCAAUUCGCGGAAGGAGCUUCGCGCAGUGCAGGACCGGCUGGAGUACGUGGAGCGCCGCGAAAAGGAGCGCGAGCAGGAUCUGUACGGGCAGCUGAAGAGCAUGCAGCUUGAGCUCUCACAGAUGCGGGGGAACUUCACCAGCGCGGAAAAUGAGUGCCGCCAAGAGAUGUCACGCCUGCAGCGGGAGUGGCAGAAGGCAACGGCGGCCGCGAAGGAAGCGCAGAAGAAGGCAGAGAAUAUUUGGCGCGAUUUGAUACUGGAGGAGAGGGAGCGGCUUGCGACGGAGCAUCAGCAGCGGGAGCGGGAGCGAUUUGACUCCCUCCAUCAUGUGGUGGAAUCUCUCGCCAAUGAGUUGGCUCGACUGUCGGAUAUAGUGGCGGCGACCCGCACAGGGAACAGCCAGCUAUCGUCGCAUGUCGAGCAGGAGUUGGAGCGGCACCGGUCGUGGUUGAAACGACAUAAGAGAGAAGAGUCUGAAUUUUUAAAGCUCUUUGAGGAGACAUGUACGCAACUGCAGGAUGCACUUCUUCAUGAGCGGCGGGCACGGGAGGAAAGUAUGAACCGCAUUGAGAAGUUGUUGACGCGCCGUGGUGUCGAUUCUGCCGCCGCCGCCGUCUCGAACCUCCACCGAUUUUAG